AGGGUUGGCUUACAGCCACAGACCGUGUCUCGUUCUUCGACCCUCUGUUACAUCUAUGGCCCCGUACAACGAUGGCUACUACUACGAAGAGGAAGAAGGAGAGGAAGAAGGAGAUGAAGAUGAACUCCUUCUGGACAAUGACUUCCAAGAGGUUGGAGGACGGCCAUACGAGGAUUGGGCUCAAUUGAGGGACGACAGCAGGGUUGGCUCUGACAACGGCGGAUCGAGUGGGGAGGAUGGAGAGCAGCAGCCCGAACGGGAAGCGUCCAAACACAAUAUGGGGCUCGGAGUUUGUAGCGAUCUCAUCUUCAUUCGACAAGUGCGUGAAAAGCGUCGCAAGAACGCCAAGAGCACAAUGGAGACGAAGCUCUCCUUCUACUUUCAUGAAGCCUCUUGUCUCUCUGAGCUACUCGAGGGUGCAUUUGCUACUGCUCAAUGCACUGACGAAUUCAAGUACAAAGUUGUUGCAUCCAAACUUCGUACUACUGCUUUCACUGUGACGAUGACUGUUCCUGGCACCACCCUCAAGGCUGUUCCUUUGCUAUCUCAGUCAAACUUGGAGAAGUGCAUUGCUGGAAUGGAGGAGAAGGGAAAGAGCAACGUCAAGAUGAGUAUUGCAGAGUCUGCAGUUAUGGAGGCCCCAAAUGAGAACAACGUGCCAGCGCAGCAGGAUGAGGAGGGCCCUGUGAAGAAGAGGAAGCGCCAACUCUCGCCAGAAGAGGAAGCUCUUGGCAUGGCUAUGGCAGAGAUCCAAGUGGCUAACCGCUGCAAUGACCGACGUUGCCCAAACCGCAUCUGUUUCACCAAGAACGGGAUCUGCAAGCACGUUCUGGUUACCCCGCUUCUUCUUCGCAUAUGGGGCUCGGCUAUUGUCAGCAAGAUGGAUGGUGUUACCCCGGAGAACCCGCCUCCCCAUGAAGUUGAGAAGGCCUUCUGGCCCCUCGGACCAGAGCCAGGCAUAUCCGACACCCCAAAUGACGACAUUUCUCUUAUGGCCUCCCGUCGCUUGAACUCAGCAGCCAACAAAUCGUCUCCUUCUGUUACAAUCAAUAAUGACUUUGCCGCUUUUGCCAGUCUCCUCCAGCCUCUUGUUUCGAAUGGACAAACCCCCAAUGCAUCCCGUGUUUCCCCAGCGCUUGCCUCCCCCGCCCUAAUUCGACCUAUCUCGCCUGCCAAGCCAAAACGCAUGACAUUUGAUGCAUUCUGUAAAGCUUUCCGCCUCCCGCCUGCCAUCUUCGAAGGCUUGCGUGACAUUGGUAUCGAUGGCCCACACAUCAUUGCUCAUCUCACGAACACUGAUCUUGAUCGGUAUCUGCCCCUUGGUCUCCGAGCGCAACUCCGCUAUGCGCAGUCAGAGUGGGAGAAGGGCAAGUUGUCAGCCGAUGGAUGAGCGUGCGUCCCUAGUCCUCUUUGUCUUGUAGAUAUCCCUGCUUGUGUUGCUUUCCUUACUGCAUGAUUCAUACUUAGUCUCUGUCUCGACCACAAUUUGUAUCCUAGUACCACAACAAUAACUGUAGUGUCCUCUAAUUGUACGGUUCAAUAACCAAGUAGUAUCCAAUAAUCAAGUCGUAUCCAAUAA